AUGAGGACCGAACGAACAGAAGAUACGGUUUCCAGCAGCAGCAAUCUAACUAAUCAUGCGGUGCGUCACAAAAUUGUUGUCCUAGGAGCGGCGAAGGUCGGCAAGUCCUCACUCAUAACUCAAUUUCUAUAUGGAUCCUUCUCACCUAAAUACAAAAGGACUAUAGAAGAGAUGCACCACGGAGAUUUCAACGUAUCAGGCGUCAGACUAACAUUGGAUAUUUUAGAUACAUCCGGGGCGUACGAGUUCCCUGCAAUGAGAGCUUUGUCCAUGCAAUCAGCAGACGCCUUUAUUCUUGUUUACGAUAUAACAGAUGCCAACAGUUUUGCAGAAGUGAGAGCUUUGAGAGAUCAAAUCCAUGUAACAAAAGACAGUACAGCCGUUCCGAUUGUCGUAGUUGGCAAUAAAGUGGAUUUGGCAGAAACUGGAGCAAGACAGAUAGAAUUCCACACAACAGAAUCAGUAGUAACAGUUGACUGGGAGAAUGGGUUUGUGGAGGCGUCGGCCAAAGACAACAUGAACGUGUCUCAGAUAUUUAAGGAGCUCUUGGUACAGGCAAAGGUUAAGUAUAACUUAUCACCAGCAUUACGACGACGACGGCGACAGUCCCUGCCUACAGGACCGCAAGGGCCACCUGGCUCGAGCCCUACACCGCCGGCAAAUGCGCCACAUGUUCCGUCGCCAGCUCAAUUGGCUCAUCUGCAACAGAUCCGCGAGCGACACAACAACAAACGUAAUUCAUGCAUCAUCUCCUAA